AUGUCUUCAUAUAAACAUUUAUCGAAGGCUGGUGCCCGUUUUUUGGAGCAAGUUCAAGCGAAGAACUCUAAUAUUGCGAAACAAUUUGCCAAGUAUGAAGGUUUGACGAUGCCAGAGUUCUUGAAACCAUCGUUGCCUCGUGUCGAAGAAUCCGAGAAGUAUAAGAGUGUAAAGCAAUGGAAAUAUAUGCCAGGUGAUAGAGUGGUGAUAGUAAAUGGAAAGUUUAAGGGCAAUGUUUGUGCCAUUACGCAGCACGACGUGCAUACAAACGGGUAUAUUUUGGAUGAGAAUGGACCCACCAACACUGUUCCUGUGCCCAAGCAAUUUUGGCAACAGGGGCAGAACAGUCAUAUGGUGAGUUUCCCUGUCCCCGUGAGCCAAGCGGACAUCAAACUAGUCGCUGAUCUCGAUGAUCCAGAGACUCCAGGUGUGGCUAAGACUGUUGCUGUUCGUGACAUCGAAUUCAAGGGUUCGUAUUAUGAUUCAGAUUACAAGAAAAUUAUGCCAUAUAGGGUUGUUGUUGGUGAGAACAAUAUGGUUGUUCCAUGGCCUAAGCCGGAGUUCAAGCCAGAUGGUGCAUUGGCUACGCGUUCUGAAAUUGCACGUCAACAAACUUUCUGGGUUGAAAGCGUAGUAAAAAAUCCUGUUCCAGAAGCAGCAUUGUCAACCAUCCGUAACCCUAAGUCGAAAUACAGAAGAGGUACCUUGACAACGAAGGAAAUAUCAAGAUUGGUGGCUCCAAAAAUGCCUCUAACGGAAGCAAAGAAAAGAUACAUCGAACAAAGAAAAGAAUUGGCAGCAUUGCCAAAACGUAAAUUGACUGAUGAAGAUCAAGAAUUGAUUGGUGACAAGGUCUACCAACACUUCAAGAAAUCUUUCGAAUUACAAUAA